UCAUUCCAAGGUUUAUAAAAUAGAGAGAGUAAUAGGUAAUAAAAACUUCGAGUCUAUCGCCACAGUUUCGGAGCUUCCAAAGCCCUCCCAAAACACCACUUAAAACUCCUUUCUUCCUUCCUUUCUCUCUACCAAAAUUGCUUGCCUUCGCUAUUCUCUCUCUUCUUCUUUUCCUGUAUCUAUCUCUAAAGCUCUGAUGGCUGCUGCUGCUUUUGCCGGAUCCGCCGCCGUCGGUUUCAAAUCCUCCGCCUGCGAUCGGAGAGUUUCGUUUCUCGGAAGGCAUACCUCAUCAGUUCAGCUUCCCAGAUGUUUUAAUUAUUCGCAAUGUGGAUCCAAAUUGUCUUUCUCAUCUUCUGGUGUGAAAACACAUGUAGCUACUCUUGAUCAGGCAAGCGUUGAAGCACCACCUCAGGUCGAAGCUCCUGUUGUUAUCGUGACUGGAGCCUCUAGAGGGAUCGGCAAGGCAGUUGCACUUACUUUUGGCAAAGCUGGUUGUAAGGUUUUGGUGAAUUAUGCAAGGUCAUCUAAAGAGGCUGAAGAAGUUUGUAAACAGAUCGAGACAUUGGGUGGUCAAGCACUCACAUUUGGGGGAGAUGUUUCAAAAGAAGAAGAUGUUGCAUCUAUGAUUAAAACCGCUGUUGAUGCUUGGGGGACGGUUGAUGUCUUGGUGAACAAUGCAGGGAUAACAAGGGAUGGUUUGUUAAUGAGGAUGAAGCAAUCUCAGUGGCAGGAGGUUAUUGAUUUGAAUCUCACUGGUGUAUUCCUAUGUACACAGGCAGCUGCCAAAGUUAUGAUGAAGAAAAGAAAGGGACGAAUAGUCAAUAUCGCAUCUGUCGUAGGUGUUGUUGGCAAUGUUGGACAAGCAAACUACAGUGCUGCAAAAGGAGGUGUAAUAGCCUUUACUAAAACUGUGGCAAAGGAAUACUCAAGCAGAGGAAUAACUGCGAAUGCUAUUGCUCCAGGGUUUAUUGCAUCUGAUAUGACUGCUACACUUGGAGCAGACAUUGAAAAAAAGAUCUUGGAGACAAUCCCCUUGGGAAGGUAUGGCGAACCUGAAGAAGUUGCUGGGCUGGUCGAAUACUUGGCUCUCCAUCCCUCGUCUAAAUACAUUACUGGACAGGUGUUAAACAUUGAUGGAGGAAUGGUGAUGUGAGAGCACCGAAAUACGGCCAAAUUCUGAAAUAGCCUGAAUGUUAUAAAGUCGCUGAUUCUGCCCUGAGAUCACUACAGAAUAAUUAGCACCCAUUUGCGCAUUUGUAGAGUUUUCAAACUUUCUUCAUUUUUGAAAUGCAGUUUUCAUACUUUUAGUUAAACGGAAACAUAUAGGUUUGUAUUUCUAAGUAAUUUGAAGUGUGGCAUGUUGGUCACUGUCUGUA